AUGUCGGCGACGUUCUCCACUGGCAUACCGAACUUCUUCACGUCGCCCAUGGCGGCGUUCCCCUCGCGCAAUCUGUUCCACUCUGCUGAGCGUCCUGCUGAGGGCGGUGUGGGCGGCACUACCUUUACCCACGAGGAUCGUCUCAUGCUGCAGCUACUGUACCAGCAGCAGCAGGCCAUACAGAUUCAGCUUCAAUCUAUGGCGCUGUCGAUGCAGCAACUGCACAUGGCUCUGGCGGGGCUGUCCAAGCCGCCAAUGACGAUGUCAACGUACGGUAGUGCCCUCAAUGAGGUAAACGCAUCCACAAAUGCCACUGUUUCCGCGCCGAUGGCUACACAAUCGUCUGUCAAUGACACUGUGGAGGCCAUGACGUCGGCGCAGUGUGAGCGCCAAAAUCAUCAUCCUGAACGCAAGAACGCCACCACGGCGUACCCGUCGGCACGUGCAUCAUCGGCGAAGGAGACAUCGCGUUCUUGCACUCCACCUCGUGACGAUUUAGACAUGUCACACCAUAGUGCAACGAACCACUCCACCGAGUCUGUUGCUCCGUGGGAUCCCUCUGCUGGAUCGCGCCAGAGCAGCGUUGUUCGUGCGGCCCGUGCGGAGAAUCCCCUUCUGUUGUCGUUGCGAGGCAAACUACCAACUCCCAAUCGCUCUGGUGCGGCCUCCGUCUCGGGUGGCACAGGCUACACUGCGAGUGCGAAUAUCAGUGCAUCGCUAGAGGACUCAAAGCCGACUGUCCGACCUACACUUCAUCCCUCUUCCUCGUCUCUCAGUGCUGAGACGGAGGCCCAGAAUGUUUCGUCUUCAAGGCACACCGCUGCUCGCUCUCAGAAUCAGCAGCGCAUCGUGCUGGACAAUCGCAAGGUAGAUCCGUCGCAUCGUUUACACUCCAGUGCGGAGAUUAGUGCAGAGGCGGUUGAUCUGGGGAGGGAAGAUCCACGCCACGGCACGGAGUGGAACUCCACUAGCAGUCAUCAUUAUCGUGAGGGCAAAGAGGAGGGCCGAGGGGUGAAUGCCUCCGCUUUAGGAUAUGACUCGCAGAGCGACGGGUACGGUAGCUACGAAACGAGGCAGUACUUAAAGAGCGUUGGUAUCAUAUGA